UUCAACUGCUGUUAAAUUUUACCCUCCCCAGUUGCCGUACCGAGCAUAAACAUUGUCACGCAGCUGUUGCUGUCGUUUUACGUUACUUAUAGAUCUCACGUUUAGGCUUCCUUCGAAAGGUAAAGUCGUGUUGGUCAAUUAUUGACAGCAUAUAGCAUCAUGGAGCCGCUCAUAAAAAUCAAUCCAGGAGCAACAAAAUGGGACAUUCGUCAAAAGAUUUGGGACUACAUCGAAGACAAGAAUCUGGCUAAUUUCCCAAGGCCAGUUCACAACAGAAUCCCGAAUUUUAAGGGGGCUUUGACUGCCUGCCCUAAAGUGUCUGAGCUGGAAGCAUUUUCCCAGACAGCUGAGGUCAAGGUGGAUCCCGAUAAACCUCUUGAGGGGGCUCGACUAGCAGUGCUACAGGCCCACAAAACUUUAUUGGUCCCAACUCCUCGUCUUCGUUCUGGCCUUUUUAACAAGAUCGUUCCCCCACCGGGGGCCAACAAAGAACAGCUGCGUAUAUGCUCUUCCUCUCAGGGCGUGAAAGAGUUCAGCGUGCCAAUCGAUCUGGAUGCCAAAGUCAAGGUUGACCUCGUGGUUGUUGGCUCUGUGGCCGUGUCAGAGAAAGGUUUCCGUAUCGGAAAAGGAGAGGGCUUUGCUGACUUGGAGUAUGCAAUGAUGGCCUCAAUGGGAGCUGUGGACGAAUCCACUGUAGUGGUCACAGUUGUCCACGACUGUCAAGUGGUGGAUAUUCCAGAAGAGCUCAUGGAAAGACACGACUUGACAGUGGACUACAUACUCACACCAAGCAGAGUCAUUAAGACCGACUGCCCCUCUCCGAAGCCACAAGGAAUCAUUUGGACUAAGCUGGACACAGAAAAGCUGCAGAAGAUCCCCAUCCUGAAGAAGCUCCUGGCUCUGGAGGAACAGGCGGGGAAGGACGUCACACUGGGAGCGGGGCCUCCCCUAGCUGAGCCUCUUUCGCAAACCGGUCCCCCCAAAAAGCAAAGCAGGCGCAGGCCGAGGCAGAAAGCAGCCCGUCAGGAUGUCCAAGAAGAGUCCAAGGAGGACCAACGUGUCGAGCCACAAGCAAACGCCGGACAGCGUCCUGCUCGCGUAAGGAAAGAAAGUAGAGGAAGUGAGGGAGAGGGUGUCGAAAAGAGGAGAAAGAAGGGACGAAGUGGAAGGAAUCUGAAGGAGAAGAGUCCAGAAGAGACUGGAGGUGAAGUUCUGACCCACAGUAAGAUCCCUCCCGGUGUGACCACAGUGUAUCUGGGUGGGAUCCCCACGGGGCUGCGCGUUAGCGAGCUGAAGACAUCCCUGCGGGAGAGAGAGGCAGCGCCGUUGCGGCUCACCUGGCAGGGAGCUCAGCACCGCGCCUUCUUGGACUACAGCAACCCAGAGGCUGCCGAGAAGGCUUUGGAGGCUCUGCAGGGGCUCAGCCUGAAUGGUCACAGUGUGCAGGCCGAGCUGGCCAAGAGCCAACGGCGCAGCAAGAGGCCCGGCCAGUCCAAUCGGAAAGCGAGACCAGCAGCGGCUCCGGCGUCUGACAAAGAAGAGGUGGAUUCCAAAAAUGAAGCCCAUGAGCAAACUGAGUAGUCAGAAGAGUAAUUGCACUAACCUUGGAAUGCCUUAUAACGCUUUUGGUUUGACUUUAUCGUUCAGGGUUGAUUACAGUUGAGUCACAAUUUUAUAUUAAGCAAUAUCUAAAUAAAAUAUGCAACAAAAGCACAUCUAAACGUGAAGAUUCUCUCUCUCUCUCUCUCUCUCUCUCUCUCUCUCUCUCUCUCUCUCUCUCUCUCUCUCUCUCUCUCUCUCUCUGUUUUUUCCUUUUUUGAAGCGAAAUGAUUCAAAUGCACAGAAAAAGCUAGUGGCUGUCUUGGCCGCCUCACAAUUUCUACCUACACAAUUGCCGAACAGUUGCAAACAGCACCACCAGGUGGCCAAACUACGAAUUCAGCGCUUCUCUUCACUGUUUUUCUCUUGACUGACAUUGGCACGAUUGGCCAGCCUCAAAUCAGCCUUUACAAAGAUAAACAUGCUCAAUUUGGAUUGAGAACAGAAUUAAUUUUCAUCAUUAAUUUAAUAUUGAAAAUAUUCACAACCUUUUUGGUUCUAAUUUACUCUUCACAAAACCACUCUGUCAUAUAUGCUCUGUACAUCACUGCAAAAAUACAACCCUUUUUAUUUAUUUUGAUCAGAUUUAGCAGCAUGCCUACUAGUGUGUCAUUAUUAAAAUUGUCACAUUUAUUGAAUGGAUAAAUGCAGUACUGUUUACAGUAUGUGCAAGGUACAAAUCCAAUUCAAAUGAAAUGAGAUUGCAAGGAAGACUGAGAAAGUUGAGAGUUGAGUUUGUAUACCCCACAUUAACGCACCAAAAUGGAUAAGUUGACCACAGCGCAUCCUGCCGUGAGUGAUUUAUUUAAACAUAAUUGACUAUUACCCAGAGUUCAUAAUUCAUCCAAUAAAUUGAACCACAAAUAGUUGGUUAACACUGACUUUUUCUGUCAUGUCUAUCAGAAUGCUAGCCUUCACUUGGAUGAAUUAGAUCACCUUUUCCCAAUGGAAUGUAACGCUAGGAUUUUGUGGAGACCAGAUAUCCUUUGUUCCUUUUUCUUUCUUUUUUUAAUAUCUGUCAUAUUUUGACAAGUACAGGUAGUCCUUAUAUAAAAGGCCUUGGCAGCCAAAACUUACUGAGUUUUCUUGAUGUGAAAGCUUUACUUGGUUACAAUGCAACGCCUUCAAAUAAACGAAUGUUACAUUGAAAAGU